GUGUUUGUGAAGGACCUGUGGAAAGAGCAUGCAGGAUGGCCUCUGAAUGACAUGGAGAGGUCCUAUAAGUUCAUGGUGAAGCAUGGUCAUCUUUGGAAGGUUGCCUUUCAUGGCACCUCUCCUCGUUGGGUCCAUCGCUCCUACCUUGCCACCAUGGCUGCCUUCUAUGCCAAGAAGGUGGAGGCUGGCCUCAGGAAGUACAAACCAGAUAUCAUAAUAAGUGUUCAUCCUCUCAUGCAACACAUUCCUCUGUGGGUGCUCAAAUGGCAGGGCCUUCUGAAAAAAGUAGUCUUCAUCACCGUUAUCACUGACCUCAACACUUGCCACCCCACAUGGUUCCACAAAAGUGUAACCAGAUGCUAUUGCCCCUCAUCAGAGGUGUCAAAGAAGGCAUUACUUGAUGGCCUGGACACAUCCCAAAUCCGUGUGUUCGGUUUGCCAAUCCGUCCAUCCUUUUGUCAAGCAAUUCUCAACAAGGAUGAGUUAAGAAAAGAGUUGGAGAUGGACUCUCAUCUCCCUGCAGUUCUACUAAUGGGAGGUGGUGAUGGAAUGGGUCCUGUUGAGGAAACCGCAAAAGCACUUGGAGAAGUUCUUUUCGACGAAGAAUGUCAGAGACCUAAGGGACAGAUUGUAGUCAUCUGUGGCCGCAACCAAGUGCUAAAAUCAAAUCUAGACUCAAUUGAAUGGACAGUUCCUACAAAGAUAAGAGGAUUUGAAAUCCAGAUAGAGAAAUGGAUGGGAGCUUGUGAUUGCAUCAUAACAAAGGCCGGACCGGGCACCAUUGCCGAAGCUUUGAUCAGGGGGCUUCCAAUUAUCCUUAAUAGUUUCAUUCCUGGACAGGAAACCGGCAAUGUACCUUAUGUGGUGGACAAUGGAGCUGGGGUGUUCUCCAAGAGCCCAGAUGAAACAGCCAGUCUAGUAUCCCGGUGGUUCGAUUCGGGCAACAAUGAGCUAAAGAAGUUGUCGGAGAAUGCAUUAAAACUAGCACAGCCUAAUGCAGUGUUUGACAUUGUAAAGGACAUCCAUGGGCUGGUUUUCCCAGCAGCAUCCCUUCUUAACAAGGUCCUCUAUCUCAAUUUCCCACUGAUAAUUGAAUGCCUUUAGGAAAUCAUCAAUCAUAUCUCUUUCAUUCUAUCAACCAUUUCAUUGCUUUUUUUCUUUGAAAUAUAUUAUAUGGAGAUUCAUGACAAGAUUUAUCUUCUAUUAAUAUUUUCUCAGAAAGAGCUUCUCUUAAGAAUUUUGUGAUGGAAAUAUGGAGGAGGUUUUUAGACACCAUGCAUGUUCAAUGGUGCUUCAACAAUGCUUUUGAUCAUCCCCAUCUCAAUGCCUUUUGAUCAACAAUGCUUUUGAUCAUCCCCAUCUCAAUGCCUUUUGAUCAACAAUGCUUUUGAUCA